AUGGAGGAGGAGAGACACGGCCAAAACCUAAGGGCCACCUUGAGCCAACAGUCCGCAGCUCUACAAAAGCUCCAAAUUAAGAUUGCUCAAUUGGAGAAAAGAAAUCAGGCACAAGGCCAACGUCCACAUGAAGGAGAAAGGAGAUUUGGAAAUGUACCUGGGGCAGUCUAUGUCGAGCCCAAGCCACCAGAUCCUUCAAGGAUCAAUCAAACUCCAACUUCUAAAACCCACAACCCUUAUGUUGUUAAUUCUCGGAAAAGAGGUUAUCUAAGAUGGGAGAGGAACCUUGAUGAAUGGUUUCACUACAACAACAUCCUGAGGAAAGAGAGGCUAGCUUAUGCCAUUGAUCAACUAAAAGAUGAUGCUUUUAAAUGGUGGGUACAAGAAGAGGAUGAUAGAUGGUUUUACAAGGAGCCAGCUAUCAAAACGUGGAGAGCUCUUAAGGAAGUCAUGAGGGAUAGAUUUGCACCAGAUUAUACAAGGUCUGAAAUCCAGGAACUAUAUCCAAGGAGAUAUCCAACUCAUGGUUCCAAAGAAGCAAGGAAAAUUGUGGAACAAGAAGUUCAAAGAGUCUUGCCUAAAGAAGCCAACUUUCAGCCAAACCAGGGGCACGCCAUUUUCCACUGCUUAGAGCAGGAGAGUGACAUCUCAAAGUUCAGGAAGAUGAGUACAAGUGUCGGCCAAAACACUUUGAUCAGGUCCAAAGACAAACCAGAGCAAGUUAUUGUCCAAGUAAAGGCUAAGAGUGUUACUACAGGUCUAAAGGAGCCUAGGUACAUAGAAGAAGAGGCGCCAGGCACAAACCUUCCCAUGGACCAGAAGGAAGCUCAAAGCACAAAGCAAUCAAAGUUGCUUAAUAAACCAAAACCAGUGAUCCAAGUAUCAAACCAAGGGAUACCAGAUGAGAGCCAUAUGCUAACUGGAGUUCCAAGUGCCGAACCAGAUCAUGAGAUCAAUCAAAAUCCACACCAUAAGUGGAAACCGAAAUCUGAACAAUGUGUAAGCUCAAGAAUUAUGAGCGUGUUCGGUUGUGCCUAG